AUGGAAUCAAACAAGAUUUUUGAUCCAGCAGAUGCGACAUCACUCGAGAGGAGUGGACACAUAACGACAGUAGAUCGUAGGAGGCGCCAGGUUUCCGAAAGCCUUUUCGCCUCCGGACUCUCUCUCCCGGAAAAUCCGACAACCUCAGGGAUAUCGCUUACUACCCCUAUAUCAGUCCCGGAAUACUUGGAAUCUGCCGAGAGUCUCGAAUACAUCGGCUUCGAUACAGAGAAGGCUGCUCAAAUAUGGUGCGAGUGGAUAACUCUCGAGGAGUAUGAGCGGACAAACCACGCCUUGGAACAUUCGUUUAUCGAGUACGCUUUAACGGCUAUACCACAAUCGGAAGAUGAUUUCACGGAUGAGAAUACACAGAUGAUUUCAUGGGGAGUCAACGCUGAGCUGCGUGAGGCAAUUUUGGACCCCGAAUUUGCCAAUAUUAGGUUCACCGAGACGACAAACUUCUGGGUUAAAGACACUAUGGAGAUACGGUUUCUAAGCCUAGAAAGGCUUCAACGAGAAUCCUCCAUGAGGGCUCAGGAUAGGAAUCGGCAAUCAACAUCAGGUAGACCAGGUAUAUCACCAAGAGCGGUCUCCUCAUCAGUAUCUAAAGCAACAACAAUGUAG